AUGGCUCACUAUGCCGUUGAUUGUUGGGAUGCUGAGAUUGAAAGUUCCUAUGGCUGGAUUGAGUGUGUUGGUAUAGCUGAUAGAUCAGCAUAUGACUUGCGUGCUCAUUCCGAGAAAAGUGGCGAAGCACUUGUGGCUCAUAAUAAAAUUUCCAGAACCAAGAGAAGUAGAGGGAAAAUUAAAGGCAUCAUGAUGGAGUUUCCCAAGCCAAAUGCGAUAACAUUGAAUGCAACAAGCUUCUCUGGGAUGGACAAGCUUGAAAUUUUCAUAAAUCGCAAUGCAAUUCUAUCUGGACACAUUAAAUAUCUACCCAACGACUUGAGGUUCCUUGAUUGGGGUCAAUGCCAGUUACGUUCAUUGCCAUCCAAGUUUUAUGCAAUGCAUCUUGCUGUGUUCAAUAUGCCUUGCGGUAGUAUGAGAAAGUUGCAAAAAUUUAAGUAUAUGCCAAAGCUGAAAUCUUUGAAUUUGAGUGGCUGUCAAUUCUUAAAAAAAAUCCCUGACUUAUCCGGAAUCCCAAAUAUAAAGUGGCUGAAUCUAAGUAAUUGUACAAGUUUGGUUGAGGUUGAAGAUUCUGUUGGACUCCUUGAUAAACUUGUUGAAUUGAAUCUUGAUGGAUGCGUUAAGCUUACAAGGUUUGCAACAACACUUAGAUUGAAAUCCCUGGAAAGGCUUUGUCUACGUAAUUGUGGAAGGCUUGAGAGCUUCCCAGAAAUAGAGGACAAGUUGGAAUCCCUGGUGAUUUUGAAUAUCGGAGAAAGUGGCAUAAGAGGAUUGCCAUCAUCAGUUGCAUAUCUUACUGGGAUUACAUUUAUGAGUGCUGGUUAUUGUGACAACCUUACAUUUACGUCAUUGUGUAGCAUAUAUGGAUUGCAACGUCUCACUACAUUUGGCGAUAAGGUGAACUCUGACCCAAACAUCUCAUUAGCGCUUCCCAAGCUAGUUUUCUUUAAUCUCCAAGGAUGCAAUUUAUCAGAAAGUAACUUCGUCCUGCCUCUCGACUGCUUGUUCACGUUUACAUUUCUUGAUCUAUCGGGAAACAAUUUUGUCAGAUGUCAGGGAUGCAUUAGUAAAUUUGUCAACUUAUGGUUUCUUAGAUUAAAUGGUNAAUUGAUUGCACCCAUAUCACAUUUUCAGAAAACCUGA